AUGGAACAGGACGGUAGUGGGAAGAAGGUAUCGUGGCUACGCAAAAAGGAUUAUCAUCUGCUUACGGUCGGCUUAACAACGUAUAGCAGCGACGAGCGCUUCAGUGCCACGCACUUGAAGCAUUCCGAGGAUUGGACAUUGCAAAUCAAAUUCGUGCAGCUACGUGAUGCAGGCGUCUACGAGUGCCAGGUGUCCACUCAUCCGCCCACGUCGAUAGUAUUUCACCUGAGUGUCGUCGAAGCGCGCGCCGAGAUCUCUGGGCCCCCGAUACGUUACCUAACGCCGGGCUCCACGCUGCGGCUGCAGUGCCGCGUGGUGCAGAACACGGAGGAGUCCGAGUACAUAUUCUGGUAUCACGAUAACCGAAUGAUUAACUACGACAUUGAUCGGGGCAUUAACGUGUCAACGGAGCAAGACUUUCAAUCAUCCGAGCUCACCAUACAGCGUACACGGCGCGAACACUCGGGCAACUUCACCUGCGUGGCCAGCAACACGCAGCCGGCCAGUGUCCUGGUGCAUAUCUUUAAAGAAGCGCGCGCCGAGAUCUCUGGGCCCCCGAUACGUUACCUAACGCCGGGCUCCACGCUGCGGCUGCAGUGCCGCGUGGUGCAGAACACGGAGGAGUCCGAGUACAUAUUCUGGUAUCACGAUAACCGAAUGAUUAACUACGACAUUGAUCGGGGCAUUAACGUGUCAACGGAGCAAGACUUUCAAUCAUCCGAGCUCACCAUACAGCGUACACGGCGCGAACACUCGGGCAACUUCACCUGCGUGGCCAGCAACACGCAGCCGGCCAGUGUCCUGGUGCAUAUCUUUAAAGAAGCGCGCGCCGAGAUCUCUGGGCCCCCGAUACGUUACCUAACGCCGGGCUCCACGCUGCGGCUGCAGUGCCGCGUGGUGCAGAACACGGAGGAGUCCGAGUACAUAUUCUGGUAUCACGAUAACCGAAUGAUUAACUACGACAUUGAUCGGGGCAUUAACGUGUCAACGGAGCAAGACUUUCAAUCAUCCGAGCUCACCAUACAGCGUACACGGCGCGAACACUCGGGCAACUUCACCUGCGUGGCCAGCAACACGCAGCCGGCCAGUGUCCUGGUGCAUAUCUUUAAAGGCGACAAUCCGGCGGCCAUGUAUCACGGACAUGUGGGCGGCUCCACCAAGACAAUGCAAUCGCAGCUGCAUAUGAUUAUGAUAAUCAUUGCCACCGGCUAUCGGAUAUUCCACACGAGUGUAUACAUGAAGAUCUCGUAAGCGUCCACCACAGAGGAAAAGGAACAUAAGGAAGAAGCAGUGGCAGGUGCAAACUAUCGAACGAAUGUAUUGGUGGAAUCUUAGCCCUAAUCUUACACUAGUUAAUUCUCUCUCUCUCUCUCUCUCUCUCUCUCAUACGAUAUUCAUUGAAGCGAGGCCCACAUCCGAGCAUACGUACUACCCCAUAAUCAAACCCAAAGCUAAACUUUACAGACAGCGCAUCAAGCUUAAGAAUUCUCUCUAUACAUACCCUGCAGUACGGGUCAUUAAUGACUCAGCUGCUGACACGUCGAUGACCGCGUCACUACCCCCGAUGACAUAGUCGAUGACCGGCCAUACGCUGAGCUGAUGACAUUGUCCUCGAGCAUUGCCGAA